UUGAAGCGAUGGAGAGUGACAUAGGCUACUUUUUGUUUCUUUCUAACCCCCACUUUCCUAAAAUGGGGGUGGAAUUUCGUAUGGAGCAUUCCACAAUUUCGAUUUUAACGUGAGUGAAGCUGCGGGUGAAAGCUAGUGUUUUCUAUAAAGUGCUUAAACUUAUUUUGAUCAUCGUAAUAGGUACAUAGUGUAACUAUCAAAAAUUGACUGAGAAUGGAGUUUGUAACCGAAGUGUCCGAGUUUGUGCGAUUGAAGGAGGAGCCCGCUGAGCCAGAAGCGGAGCCCGAGCGGCGGCCGCCCGGCGCGGCGCGAGCAGUGCACAUCAAAGAAGAACCACAGAAUGAACAUCAGUCAGACAGUGACGAAAAGGAAGAUUGUUUGCAACACACAACGAGUGAAUACGAAAUAAAGGAAGAUCCCUCAUGCUUUGAAAAUAUUGUGAGCGAUGUGAUACAUGGUUUGUAUGACGGUAGAGUGAAGGAUGAGGUUAUGCAGCCGGAGUCUGUGCCACAGAUCCCACAGACAGCCUCCUGCUCGGACAGGGAGUGUGUGAGCGAAGCAGCCAUGCUGGCCGGCCUGUACACGGACCAUGAUGUUAAAGACGAGCUUGUUCUGGGUGCGGAGUGCCCAUAUCGCCCUGAUGUCACUCUAGUAGUUUAUGGUCGCAUUGGCCAUACGCUUCGAGAUUGCUCUGUGACACUUGAACACAUCCCACACAUUGAUGUGCUCGCUAAGCGACAAGGCACAACUAAUAGUGACACUGAGUCCGAUACUGAUAAAUUUACAUUUAGAGAUGAAUUUCACACUGAAGAGAAAGAACCAUUAUGUGAUCUUUGUGAUGAAAGAUUCAGUGUAAAAUCAGAUUUAGUGAAACAUGUCAUAGAUCAUAUCCACAGACCUCCGAGCAUGGAACAGGAAGGCGGUGCGCAGGGCAAUGCAUUUGCUGGUCAGUGCCAGCAAGAGCAGGAGCGGGUUUUAUGCCGAAAAUACGCGAUCCAGGACUGCCGCGUGCGCCUCGAACGGCUCCGACACCAAGAGGCUCUUGCCACCAACGACACGCAACACACGCAUACGGAAAUUGAUGCAGAGGAUAUACACACUAGAGUUGACAAUAGGAAACCAACUUGUGAUCUUUGUGGAGAUAGUUUUGAUCUGAGAUCAGAUUUGGAUCAACAUAUCAUGACUUAUAUCCAUAUGCCGAGCACACAGCGUUCACAAGACCCGAGUCCGGACAAGGAAUCGGACAUUGGAUUUAAUUUUGAGAGUGAUUUAAAUAGACAUACAGGGAUUCAUAGUGUCAUAAAACCAUAUUCAUGUGAUGUAUGCAGCGAAGAAUUUGUGACUAUGUAUAGUUUAAAACGACAUUUACUUGUUCAUGCUGCCAUAAAACCAUAUUCGUGUAAAGUAUGUAAAAAAGGAUUUAUAGGAAAGAGUGCUUUGAAUGUACAUGCACUGCGUCAUUGUGACAUGCGACCAUAUUCGUGUGAUGUGUGCAAAAAACGAUUCAGAACUAAGAUUUAUUUAAAACAACAUACUCUGAUUCAUAGUAAUAUAAGACCAUAUUCCUGUGACGUAUGUAAAAAAGGAUUUUCAACUAUAAAGUUUUUAAAAAAGCAUUCACUACGUCACAGUGAUGUAAGAACACAUUAUUGUGAUGUGUGUAAAAAAGGAUUUUUAAAUAUGUCUAAGUUGAAAAGACAUACCCUUGUUCAUAAUGACAUAAGAUUAAGACCAUAUUCCUGUGACAUAUGUAAAAAAGGAUUUUUAUUUAUAUCUGAUUUGAAAAGACACACACUAGUUCAUACUGACAUAAGCCCAUAUUCCUGUGACGUAUGUAAAAAAGGAUUUUUAUUUAUAUCUGAGUUGAAAAGACACACACUAGUUCAUACUGACAUAAGACCAUAUUCCUGUGACGUAUGUAAAAAAGGAUUUUUAACUGAGAGUUGUUUAAUAAAUCAUUUACUACGUCACACUGAUGUAAGAGAACAUUAUUGUGAUGUGUGUAAAAAAGGAUUUUUAUAUAUGUCUGAGUUGAAAAGACAUACACUUGUUCAUACUGACCUAAGACCAUAUUCGUGUGAUGUGUGUAAAAAACGAUUUAAAACUGACGCUUAUUUAAAACAACAUAUGCUGUUCCACAGUGAUAUAACAUAUUCUUGUGAUGUGUGUAAAAAACGAUUUAGAAGUAACUCUUAUUUAAAGAAACAUACUCGGAUUCAUAGUGAUAAAAAAUCAAAUUAAAAACUAUUCUGUCAUUGACACAGUCGCAAUGGUUGACGACGUGAAACGUGCGAGCCACCGCUAUCGAGAAAGCCGUAGGCUGAGAUCCACGCAGAGCUAAAGUCAGUGCUCAAACACAGAAUAACAUUUAGUGUAAGUAGGUAAGUCCUCCAAGACUAUGCGGGUACAAGGUCCCAAGAUUUCUAACUAACUUCCCAAAGACAUCACCUGUAUAGAAUCUUCGAACCAAUUCACACGAGCGUUAAAAAAAUGGCUUAUCACCCACGCUUUUUAUGACAUGAAUGAAUUCUAAAUUUUUUCAAUUAUUUAAUUAACAUUCACAAAACAUUGUAUCCAUUUCAUUCUAAUAUUAUGUAAUGUUCAUGGUCCUUAAUGUAAUUUAAAAAUGUAUUACCAUAUUUCGACAUAUCAAACUACGUACUAAUAUAAUAAUUUUAAUAUACCAUAUAAAAUUAUGUACCUAAAUCAAUUGUGACGUGUAAUAUGUAACAAUAUUAUAAAUAAAUGAGUAUGAGUAAGAUCUUUAUUGCAAACCAUGGUAUUUACAUAGAUGUUACAAAUUGUGGAUAGUUACAGUUACACAUGGACCCCGGUGGGGUGUUGCUAUUUCCCUUAUAACUAUUUUCUAUAAUAUACACAAUUACACACUAACUUAAGGAGCUUUUAUGAUAAAAGCCAUAGUAUAAUAAGUAUAUAUUAAGGAAUACAUUAUGUCUAGUCUAGCCUAUGUCUAAAGACGUAGGCUAGACUACAGUUUACAGGGUCAGAUGUACUGGUGAAUGAAGGUCAGACUUUGCACUGCUGAAUGUAAAAGCGCGCUACGCACGCUUGUACUGCGGCUCUACAGGGUCAAGUUUACUGCUGAUAGAGAUGGCCUGAAUACGAAUAUUCGGCCGUACAUUCGGUUCAGCUGUUACCGAACUGAACAUUCGGCCGAAUAUUCGGUUCCGCC